GGCGGUCUAGGUUGAAAAUCUUCCUCGUCCAACCCCCUGCUGAAAGAUUAUUGACUUUUCACACUGACAGACAUACAGUCGACCCCUAGUGGAUAUCGCAAAGCAUCUCGCAACUGGCAAAAAACAUUUGCCGUGUUUGUUGUGAACAUUCUGCUCUACCGUCACGCCAUAUUUAACUAGUAGAACACGCGGCGGUCUAGCGCGAAUGGCGUAUUGAAGCCCUACGCUGGUAUAAUCGUUCCCUUCCACGUGGAGUCAACACAUUAAGCCCGAGCUCGCGCCCUACGAGAGCUAUUUAAACGUCCAUAAAGCAGUUUCGCUUCCCGGAUGCGUCGUCAAAACCGAUCAUUUCUGAAAAGGAAAGUGAAAAUACACGAUGGCCUCCCUUCGCACUAGACUUGCGAUCUGGCUCUGGGGACCAGAGCCCAAGGAUCGUACGCUGUUGGCCAAACUCGAUGUGACUCUUCUUCCGUACUUCUCCUUGAUCUGGUUCCUCUUUGGUGUGACUCGCGCCAGUUAUUCUUCGGCCUAUAUCAGCGGCAUGAAAGAGGCUCUCAACUUCCAAGGGAAAGAGUACAAUUACAUGAAUACCGCGUACCUGGUCGUUUAUGCAGUGUGCCAAAUGCCGGGAACGAGUCUGUUGACUAUCGUGCGUCCCAAAUAUGUCUUCGUUUCUGCCAAUGUGACGUGGAGUAUUUUGACCCUUAUCACAUACAAGAUGACUCGCGCGUGGCAGGUCAUUUUAUUGAAUGCGAUCGAAGGAGGCUUCUCGGCCAUUGCAUAUGUCGGGGCUCAAUUUAUUCUAGGUUCGUGGUAUAAGAAAUCCGAGCUCGGUAUCCGAGCUGCGGUGUUCUGUGUGUUUGGGCACAUCGGUAGCAUGGCUGGUGGCUGGAUCCAGGCAGGACUGCUGAAGGCACUGGCAGGAAAGGGUGGUCUACCAGCCUGGAAAUGGAUUUUCAUUAUUGUCUCGGUAAUCACUGUUCCAGUGGCACUGUUCGGCUGGGUCUUUAUCCCUGACUUGCCAGCACACCGUGCUGCUUGGUAUCUCAGUGACGAGCAAAAAGAGCAUGCAGUCACUCGGCUAGGUUCCCCUCGCAAGGAGUCGUGGGACAGAACUGUAUUCAGACGUGUGCUUUUAAGUUGGCAAUUUUGGUUGUUGCCGUUUAUUUUCAUGCUUUAUUCCCUCUCUGUUCAAAUGCUGCAGAACAACGUCAUGGCAUACUGGAUGGCCGGGCAAGGCUAUUCAACUAUCCAGCAGAACAACUACCCCACAGGUGUGUACGCAACCGCCAUUGUCGGCACCGUUCUAUACGCAACCAUAUCCGACAAGCUCAAAUCACGAUGGGAGGUCUCCAUCGCCAUCGGCCUGACUUUUGUUAUUGGGUCCGCCAUUCUCGUAUCCAACCCACCUACGGACGCGGCUUACUUUGUGGCAUUCUAUCUGCUGGGUACCACUUUCGCGCCCCAGGCAGUCUGGUAUUCUUGGCUAGCCGACGUGACAAGCCAUGAUUUCCAGCUUCGUGCUAUUACAACUGGCUUCAUGAACUCGUUCGACUUUGCGUUUGUUACAUGGUGGCCUCUGAUAUUUUAUCCUGCGACCGAUGCGCCGGAUUUCCAUAAGGGGUAUAUCGCGAGUCUAGUGACAGGGGCUCUGACCCUACCGCUGAUUGGGUUGAUUGCUUAUCUGGAAAAAAGAGACACGGCUCGUGGUGUCAUUGGCAGGGUUUUUGGGGAUAACUCUGUUGAUGAGGAUGGCGGUUCGGGAGAGGAGCCGAGCAAACCGUUUAAUCCGCCAGUUAAUGUGCGGGCUAGAGAGGUUGAUGUUUAAUCUCGACAUGGAGAAGCUUGACAUGAGGCAAGGGAUAUCCGUACGGGGAGGGGGGAGCAUAAGUGCGAACUACAUCUUUUGAUGGUUGUGGGGUUCUCUAAUAGUACCAUCAGAUAGACUUGAUCUCGUCCUUAUUCCCAGCUGCAGUGUUCCAAAUGGGCCACUUGACAAACUAUCGAUAGGAAGAGAGAAAAUAGAAUGCAU